CUUCAUUUCAUCACUGUCCUUGGGUGUGUAUAGCAGUGCCUGACAUUCUGUUGCUGAGGAGGAGUAUGUGUGUGUGUGUGUGUGAGAGAGAGUGCACACGCAGAGUAGCCCAAUGACGUUGUAGAUUUGUGCUCAUCCAGGAACAGAAGUCCUCCAGCAGCAUCCCGUGAGCAGGGCAGAGGAGCAGUAUGUCAGCCCAUCCCAGCAGCUAAGCUUUGCUGUGGGAUACGCAACUACAUAGAGCCUCUGUUUGUCCUGAUUGUCAUCUGCAGCUCUUAUAGCAGAGGUGAGCUAGGUUAAUGCUUUCUAUAAAGAAUGUAAGUACUCCUUUUCACACAUUUCUCUUGAUCAGGCAUUGUGUGUAUUUGAUACAAGGUUAUGCAUUUCUGCGUAGCCAAGGAAAUGUUGAUGAGCAUGUACCAUUUCUGUUGUUUUAGCCCUGCAGUGGAAGUAAGCUUGUAUUUGCUGAUAUGUGCACACAGGUCAGAUUCGUCCCCUCCCAUCUCCAUAUUGAUUUGUUUGCUAUUGCCAUUCCCUGCCUGUCAGCUACUUAGCAGCCCUACCCCCCUAAUUCUUAUAGAUGGGAUAAUGUGUUUGGGGGGGGGGGUAGUUUUAUGUCCAUUAGCUUCAUAUCUCCAUCACAGUGAGAUGACUUCUGUAAGUGAGGCCCUUAUAGUCAUAUAGACAGUGUCAGUGGCAUAGACAGUCAGAUUAUAGUGAUUUCUUAAACAAGUUAGUCGUUUGCUAUAAAAUUGUAGUCCUGUCUUGUGUUUAUUUUGUAUUUAGUGACUGUUUAGCCCCCCAAAAGGAGCAAAAGCUGUCACUGGGGCAGCAUCAUUUCACAAGCGUGUAAAGAGGCCUUGGUUAAUGGAUCAGAGGCUUGAACUUAACCACAGGGGAGGUGAACCUUUUUCAACCACCUUUCCUAAUCACAAUUCCUCUCUACACACUAUCCCAUCACUGUAAAAUUGCUGCGGUAAAAACCUGUUAAUUGAUUGAAGAUGUCCUCCACUCCGCUGGCUGAGGCAGAAGAGGAUGUGUUUGAUCUGACUGAGGCGGUUCCAGAGACUGAACGACUUGACAGCAGUCUACAGAAAGCCAAAGCACAACUGUCAAUCAAAACCAGGAGGCAUCGGCCCUCCCGAACCCGCCUGAGAGACAGUGUGAGCUCGAUAGAUGGAGAUGACAGCAUUGAUAGAAUGAGUUUUGGUGGCUCCGUGCAGACCUCCUCUUCUCCAAUCCACCCUUCCUUUCGCUGCUCCUCCCCAUCCUCUGACCUGCUCCUUUCCUCCCCUUCCUCACGGAGAGACCGAACAUUCACCUUUGACCCCUACACUGUGGUUGGAGAAAGGGAGGCACAAGAUGAAAGACGGAGCUACAGGCACCUUCUGAACACUUCCUCUCAAGAGGCUUUGCCCCUCACCCCAUCUAAGUCUCCCUCCAGGCCCUGCGUCCAUUCAGAGACAUCUUCCCCUGCCCAUCUUUGUCAGGCGGACCACCUCAAGUCACGUGAGGGCAGCCAACCCCUUCUACACUAUGGAGAAUACUCACAGAGCGAAGACGACAGUCAUGACACAGGCCCUGAUGAACCUGAUAGUCCAACAGUGCUGCUGGACAAGAAAACCAGGAGACGCUUUCUUGAUCUGGGGGUCACUUUACGUCGCACAUAUGGAAAGGUCAGGAAAGACAGAUCCAACAGACUUUCAGCAGGAAAUCGGGAUUCAGAGAAAACAGAGAACCGGUCCUCGCGUUCCUCUGGUCCACCAUUUGUGCCUUUCUCCUGGUUCAGUGAAAGAUUAAGAGGUUCUGGCUCCCCCAAGAACAUCCAGUCCCCAUCCAAACCUUUCAACCAGGGUUCCAGUACUGAUGAGGACUUUGAUUCUUCAGAGGGUUUACUGGAAGACUGCAGACCCUGCAAGACUGAGUCAUCACAACCCUAUCAGACCCUCCCCGAGCAUUCAGAUGGGAAUGACUGUGACAGCAGCCGUGGCACAGAUUUCAGUUUUAAAAAGAAAAUGCUUUCUGCUGCUGGUAAAGAUAGGACAGAGCGACAGAAUGGAGUUCACGGAAAACGGGACAGCGGGAAAAAUGGACACAGUGAUGAUGGACAAAAAUUACUGACCACUUGAUGGCAUUUCUGAAAGACUGAAUACAAUACGCUGCAGGUGCCAUUAUUAAUGUCCAACAUUGCGUUGGCUUUCACAAUGUAUUAUUGAUGGAUAUAGUAAUAAAGAUAACUUGCAAAAU